AUGGCGGGCCAGAAAGACGGCCGCGGCGGCCCGCGCAAUCGAACCGGACGCACGCACGACCCGUACAGCACGCCGCUGCGAGACGCGAACCGAGAUCGGCUCUACGGGAUGCUCACCGCGCGCGCGGCGAUGACGCUGCUGACGUACCUCACGGAGAUCAACAAAGCCGGCGCGACGUUCUUCCAGGAGUACAUGGCGAACAACCCGAUACCGUACGCGUUCUGGGCGUCCGGCAAGGUCAAGGACGUCUCGGGGGAGACGUUCAUCGAGGGGCUGCUGGCGAUGUCGCCGACGAACAUAGAGGAAAAGUACCGGGAUAACUACAUCACCGUGGACCCGCCCGCGCUCGCGGUGCGGCUGCUGGACAUACGGUUGGCGCUGCGGGACGAGUGGAUCGCGGACCUGGCGCACGUGCGCGAGGAGAACGCGGACAUCAUGAAGGUGUCGUGCAUGACGAGCUUGGAGAACUCGUUCUGUUUAGACUGCGACGACGUCGAUUUCGACGACGACGGCGGCGCGGGGUUGGGGCCGCAAGAGUAG